AUGGCGGACCAGAUGGCGUUUCUCCUCUUUGGAGACCAGUCACUCGACACACACAGCUUUCUCGCCGACUUUUGUAGAACAGGGAACCCGAGCGUUCUAUCCAAGACCUUUCUCGACCAAGCAGGCGCCGCAUUGAGGGAUGAGAUCGAUAAGCUACCCCGAAUAGAGCGACAGAAGGUUCCUGUGUUCAAGACACUCCAACAACUCAACGAGAGAUAUCAUGCUCAGAGCAUCAAGUACCCAGGCAUCGACAGCGCCUUAUUAUGUGUAGCACAACUCGCUCACUACAUUGACCGAUCCGAGAAGGAAUAUGAAGAUGUUACGCAAUCCGAGAACACCUACCUGUCCGGUCUUUGCACCGGUCUCUUUGCCGCGACGGCGAUCGCUUCAAGCCCAUCGCUAUCGUACCUUCUCCCCAUCGCCGUUCAAGUCGUCUUGAUGGCCUACCGAACUGGCACCCACGUUGCCUCACUUGCCGAACGGCUAAGUCCUUCGACUGGAAAGUCACAGAGCUGGACGUACGUCGUACCAGGAGCCAAGGAGGCUGAGGCUCAGUCCAUUCUCGCAGAGUUCCACAAGACAGAGGGAACACCCAAGGCUGCACAUGCUUAUGUUAGCGCUGUGUCCGCCAGCAACAUCGCCAUUUCUGGCCCGCCGUCCACAUUGAAAUCUCUCUUCAGCAAAGAUUUGUUCGAAUCGAGGCCGACGGCCAUUCCCGUAUAUGGGCCGUAUCAUGCCGCUCACUUGCACGGCACCGCUAACAUCGAGGAAAUCCUCAAGCUCAACGAUCCCGUUGUCACUGCCGCCUUGGCAGAUUCGAAGCCACGCAGCGGUAUCAUGUCGUGCGUCACGGGCAAGUCCUUCACAGAGACGGAUACGAAGUCGCUUCUCACGGCCGUCGUUCAUGAAAUAUUGAACGAGCCUCUGCUGUUUCACAAAGCUCUUAACGGUAGCCUUACGCACGCACGCGAAUUUAAGGGAUCUCGUGUACUGGUGAUUCCGUACGGUCCUACCCAAGCGGCUAGCACGCUGGCCAAUUUGUUGAAAUCACAAACUAAGUUGGAGGUUGUGCUCCGGAAACCGCCUCAGGUUUUGCGGGAAAGUAACGUUUCAUCCAUCGGUAACCAUGGGUCAACUGGCCGAUGCAAGCUGGCCAUUGUUGGCAUGGCUGGCCGAUUCCCCGACUCGGCAAGCCACGAGAAGCUUUGGGAGUUGCUGGAAAAGGGUAUAGACGCCCAUCGCGUGGUGCCGGCCGAGCGAUUUCCUGUCGACACUCACGUCGAUCCCACAGGUAAAGCUGUGAACACCAGUCACACUCCCUACGGCUGUUGGAUUGAGAACCCUGGUCUUUUCGACCCGAGAUUUUUCAACAUGUCACCCCGCGAGGCAUUCCAGACGGAUCCAAUGCAGCGCAUGGCUUUGACUACCGCAUACGAGGCUCUUGAGAUGUCUGGUUAUGUACCUAACCGGACUCCGUCCACACGACUGGACCGCAUCGGUACCUUCUAUGGUCAGACCUCAGAUGAUUGGCGUGAAAUCAACGCCGCCCAGGAGGUGGAUACGUACUACAUCACCGGCGGUGUUCGAGCUUUCGGUCCCGGCCGUAUCAACUAUCAUUUCGGUUUUAGCGGUCCCAGCCUCAAUAUCGAUACGGCUUGCUCAUCGAGCGCUGCGGCUCUUCAGGUUGCUUGCUCGUCCCUGUGGGCAAGAGAUUGCGAUACUGCCAUAGUUGGUGGGCUGUCGUGCAUGACCAAUUCCGAUAUUUUCGCCGGUCUGAGCCGUGGUCAAUUCCUCUCCAAAAAGGGUAAUUGCAACACUUUCGACAAUGACGCUGACGGUUACUGCCGAGCCGAUGCUUGUGCUUCCGUUAUCGUUAAGCGUUUGGAUGAUGCGAUGGCAGACAAGGACAACAUUCUUGCUAUUGUACUUGGAACUCAGACCAAUCAUUCAGCAGAUGCCAUCUCUAUUACUCACCCUCACGGCCCUACGCAGUCGAUCUUGUCAUCGUCAAUCCUUGAUGAUGCGGGUGUUGAUCCUUUGGACGUAGACUAUGUUGAAAUGCAUGGUACUGGCACUCAGGCUGGAGAUGGUACUGAGAUGGUAUCAGUCACCAAUGUCUUUGCGCCGGCUAAUCGUCACCGUUCCGCAGACCGUCCGUUGUAUCUUGGUGCCGUCAAGUCCAACAUUGGCCACGGAGAGGCUGCUUCUGGUGUUACCGCUCUCAUCAAGGUCCUGAUGAUGCUGCAGAAGAAUGCCAUUCCUCCCCACAUUGGUAUUAAGAAUGUCAUCAAUCAGACCUUCCCUAAGGAUCUUGGUGAUAGAGGUGUUAACAUCGCAUUCCACAAGACACCAUUCACCCGCAAGGACGGUAAACCCCGCCGCGUGUUCGUCAACAAUUUCAGCGCAGCUGGUGGUAAUACUGGUCUACUCCUCGAAGACGGCCCGCGAUACCCGAUAGCAACGGUUGAUCCUCGCGCUGUCCACGUUAUCACUGUGACUGCGAAGUCCAAAUCUGCCAUGAUUCGUAAUGCGGAAAAUUUGAUCGAAUUCAUGGAUCAGAACCCAUCUACCUCUUUGUGUGAUGUUGCCUACACCACCACGGCCCGCAAGAUUCAGCAUUACUGGCGCAUGAGCGUGACCGCGAGCGACUUGGCUGAGGCAAAGCAGGCUCUCAAAGAUCGCUUGAAAUUCAACUUUGUCCCCGUCUCUCCCGAGCAACCUAAGGUUGCUUUCAUGUUUACUGGACAGGGCUCGCAUUAUGCCGGCCUGGGCAAGGAUUUAUACGCUCAUUUCCAUGUGUUCAAGCAGGCGAUUGACGAGUACGAUCAGUUGGCAUGUAUUCACGGCUUCCCCUCGUUCUUGCCACUGAUUGAAGGUAGUGAGCUUGAGGUUCAGAAAUUAUCUCCUGUCGUCGUCCAACUUGGUUUGGUUUCUUUCGAGAUGGCUUUGGCCAAGCUCUGGGCUACUUGGGGUAUUACGCCUGGGGUUGUCCUUGGUCACAGCCUGGGCGAGUACGCUGCGCUCAAUGUGGCUGGUGUAUUGUCGGCCAGCGACACUAUUUACCUUGUCGGUGCUCGCGCCCAACUUUUGGUAGAGAAGUGUACCGCUGGUACCCAUGCCAUGUUGGCUGUCCAGGGCUCGGUUGAGACCGUCCAGGAGGCACUUGGUGCGAAGGCCGACUCUACCAAUGUUGCCUGUGUCAACGGUCCUCGCGAGACAGUUCUCAGUGGCACCUCUUCUGAGGUUGCCGAAAUUGCUGAGCAGCUUGGCAACGCUGGCUUUAAGUGCACACAAUUAAAGGUGCCCUUUGCCUUCCACUCUGCUCAGGUAGAGCCUAUAUUGGAUGAGUUUGAGAAUUUGGCUCGCUCUGUCCGCUUUGAGAGUCCCAAGAUUCCCAUCAUCUCUCCUCUUCUCGGCAAGCUGGUUGAGGGUGAAACCCUUGACCCCGCCUACCUCCGUAACCAUGCUCGUGAGGCGGUCAAUUUCCUCGGCGGGCUGGUUUCUGCUCAGCAAUUUGGCAUCAUUGAUGAGAAGACGGUCUGGCUUGAAGUGGGUCCUCACCCCGUCUGCGCCAAUAUGGUGAAAGCCGCCUUUGGCGCUACCACGUUAGCCACGCCCACUCUUCGCCGUAAUGAAGCUACGUACAAGACGUUAAGCGCUACUCUUUGUAUUCUUCACUCCGCCGGUCUCAACUUUGACUGGAACGAAUUUCACCGCGACUUCGACUCGUCCGUUCGGCUCCUAGAUCUGCCAAGUUAUUCGUUUGAUUUCAAGAACUAUUGGCUGCAAUACACUGGUGAUUGGUGUCUGACCAAGAACCGAGGUAGCAUUACCGCAGCUGAUAAGAAGAUGAUCGAGCCUGCAAAGCCCAAGCUGUCCACUACCACGGUGCAGAAGAUUACCAAACAGGUAGUCCAUGGCGACAUCGCCCACCUUGAGACUGAAUCCGAGAUGACUCGCGAGGACUUGAGACAGGUGUGCUCAGGUCACCUCGUUAACGGUACUGCUUUGACCCCGUCCACACUUUACGCUGAUAUGGCUAUCACCAUCUGCGAAUAUGCCUACCAGCUGUUACGCCCUAAGGCAGAGAAUGUAGGUGUCAAUGUUAGCCACAUGGAGGUACCCAAGACGCUCAUUUUCGACACCAAAGCUGAGAGUCAAAUUCUUCAUAUGUCCGUCAUGGCCAACGCGGCCGAGGGCUUUGCUCAGUUGACCUGGACCACUGGCGAAGGUUCGCAAAAGACUGAGCAUGCGAACUGCAAAGUUUACUUUGGCGACAACCAGCAAUGGCUUGGUGAGUUCGAGCGUGUAAACUACUUGAUCAAGUCUCGCAUCGACUAUCUCAAGAAGGCAGAGCAGCGCGGUGAGGUUUCAAAGAUUGGUCGAGGUCUUGCGUAUAAACUGUUCGCUGCCCUUGUCGACUAUGAUCGCCGUUACAGGGGCAUGGAGUCCGUUAUCCUCGAUAGCCAAACUUGCGAGGCUACUGCCAAGGUCGUGUUCCAGACCAGUCCUGAAGAUGGUAUCUUCCACACUUCGCCCUAUUGGAUCGACAGUGUCUGCCACAUCUCUGGAUUUAUUGUCAACGGGUCCGAUGCCGUCGACUCCCGCGACCAGGUUUUCAUAUCCCAUGGUUGGGGCUCAUUGCGGUUUGCCGAGCGACUGGAGGCGACGAAGACAUACCAAUCAUACAUACGAAUGCAGCAGGUGACGGGUAGCAAGAUGAUGUCUGGUGAUGCUUAUAUCUUCGAUGAGGACAAUCUUAUCGGCGUGGUCGGUGACAUCCGUUUCCAGGCGAUUCCUCGCAAAGUUCUCAACAUCGUCCUUCCACCUCAAGGUGCCGCCGCUUCUCGAGCUGUCCCUUCAGCCAAGCCGGCUGCCAGAGCUGCUCCAGUCCUUGCUUCGGCCAAGGAGAAAUCUAGGGAGAAGAAACAGGUUACUGUUCAAAACCUCCCUGCCGUCAACAAGAAGCUCACCAAGAAUUCGGUCGUCGCUCAGGUCAUGGACAUCAUUGCCAAAGAGACUGGUGUUAGCCACGAUGAGUUGGAUGAUAACAUUGCCUUUGGUGAUCUUGGUGUGGAUUCUUUGAUGGGCCUUACCAUAAGUGGUCGCCUUCGCGAGGAACUUGAUCUUGACGUGGACUCGCAUGCUUUCAACGAAUAUGCUACAGUAGGUGCCUUCAAGGGUUUCCUCGCCAAGUUCGAGUCUGCUGGUUCCGCCCGCGCUGAGGAGAGUAUCGAUUCCAGUGGUUCUUCUGACGAUGAAGAUAAUGAUACCGAAUCGGUUGUCACCACUCCUGAUGAUGAGAGUGAGAAAGCUGAGACGAAAGUCGGAGCUGCCCCCACCAGUGACAAUGCGAGCGAGCUCCGGCAGAUUGUCCGCGAAACGAUAUGUGUCGAAAUGGGCGUCGAGGUUGAGGAGAUUAUUGCGGCCCCUGAUUUGGCUGCUUUGGGUAUGGACUCGCUCAUGAGCUUAUCUAUCCUGGGCAUUCUUCGCGAGAAGACUGGUCUAAAUAUCCCAGGCGACCUUCUUGGCCACAACCCUUCACUGAAGGAUGUUGAGAGCGCCCUUGGCAUCGAGGAUAAGCCCAAGAAGGUGUCUGCUUCCAAGGUCGUCGCUCCAAAAGUUUCCAAGAGCGAGAGCAAGACUUCGCAGGCCACGACCAAGGUGCAGCCUACUGCGGUCGACAAUUAUCCCCAUCGCAAGGCUACUUCGGUUCUACUCCAAGGCAGUGCUCGCACCGCGACUCGCAAUCUCUUCAUGAUCCCUGACGGCAGUGGCAGCGCCACCUCGUACACGGAGAUUUCUGAAAUCAGUCAGGACGUUGCCGUCUGGGGCAUGUUUUCGCCUUUCAUGAAGACGCCUGAGGAAUAUAAGUGUGGUGUCUACGGUAUGGCUACCAAGUUUAUUGCUGAGAUGAGGCGUCGACAGCCGCAGGGCCCUUACGCUGUCGCUGGCUGGAGUGCUGGCGGUGUCAUUGCUUAUGAAAUCGUGAAUCAGCUCACCAAGGCCAACGAGGAAGUUUCGAAUCUUAUUAUCAUUGACGCUCCUUGUCCAAUUACUAUUGAGCCCCUCCCUGCCGGCCUCCACGCUUGGUUCGCUGAGAUCGGUCUCCUGGGCGAGGGUGACAGCAAUGACGCUAAGAAGAUUCCUUCUUGGCUCCUGCCACAUUUCGCCGCGUCUGUUACUGCCUUGUCAAACUAUACGGCCGAGCCCAUUGCGAAGGAGAAGUGUCCAAAGGUCACUGCUAUUUGGUGUGAGGACGGUGUGUGCCACCUCCCCACCGACCCCCGUCCUGACCCAUAUCCCACCGGCCAUGCCCUAUUCCUGCUUGACAACAGAACUGAUUUUGGUCCCAACCGCUGGGAUGAGUAUCUUGACAUCAACAAGAUGACAUUUUUCCACCUCCCCGGCAAUCAUUUCUCCAUGAUGCAUGGUGAUCUCGCCAAACAACUCGGCGAGUUCAUGAAGGAUGGUAUGUCUGUGUAA